ACGACAUGAACCAACAGUUGAUCGACUUGAGUCGUUCCCGCCUCACAAAAAGUUAAUGGAGCGCGCUCACUGCGUAGAAGAAAAAAAGUCACUAUCUUCAGUAUCAGUCUAAACAAAAAUACACUAUUAAGUACCGUGUUUUAUUCGGUCUAUCUACUUGGUUCUUCGUUCAGUUCACAGAUGCAAAUGAUGAUUAUUUCGGGUCUGGGGCUGUCCAAGCGUUGGUUCUUGUCACACGCAUCUUGCGUAAUUUUUGGCCUCGUGAUUUGCUCUUCAUGCUUGUGGCAAGGAUGCAAUGCUAGCUCAAUUCGCGGUAAAUGGAUUCGUGCACGGGGCAGUCGUCACGAACAUCUGGGUACUAGGCGCUUUUUCGAUCGCGCUAGUACAGAGAGAACAAAAGAUGUACUUGGAACUAAUCGUGAUGCAACGCUGGCGACUCGUCGUGGGGUGUCGUGCGUGCUUAAUGAAGAUCCGCUGACACGAGGUGGCGGGAAACGAGAAAUGCAUUCAGGUUCAACUAGCCGGGAGCAACAGCGCAGGGUCGCGGCGUCCAUACGGGCUGCUGGUAUGCGGUGCACAACUAAGUCCUUCGGCAGGCGACGCAGAGGAGGAUUUCUUAAUCGAUUGAAACGGUCCACACGUUCACUGCGGUUUCGUUCCGGUGUAUCGCUGUGCUCAGUCGCAACGUCCGAAGACGGACGCCCUUUAGGUGAUGAGAUCAUUACUACGCAUGAUGCGCGAGAGCUGCCUCGUUCGCACAUGGACGACAGGGUGUGCCAACAGAGGAAUGAGCCUCCUCGAGUUCUUCAGCCUAUUCGAAGCGGAAGCAAAACCGGGGAACCGGGAACUCCAACGCGAACGGCAGCGCUAGGAGCUCCAACGAGAGCCCCAUUCUCAUUUGGUCCGCAAGUCAAGAGUCCCUGUGACGGCACUCCGGUCCUCGACACAGAUCUCGCUGUCGUCGUAUCGGAUCAGGUAUCCAUCAACGCUCCGAUUCCCCCGAAUACAUCUGGUUCGCCACGCGGCACAGUGACUGAGAUGCAGCCUGGAUAUCAAGACGAACGAUAUCAAGGAGCAGAUGGAGAGUCCGAAACUACGCAAGCUGAAUUGGACACAGCAUGUGGAGUUGCAGCUGCGUACUUCCCGUUCGGACAAGCAGAUUGUCCGGCACUCGCGUCCUCGGAAGCGGAAGCCCAACCAUGCUGUACUCGAACAUCACUUCUCCUGGUUCCAGGAUCUUCCUGUACCGGCUACGCGAUUCUUAAGGCUCAGAAAUUAAUAUCGUGGAGGUCUAUGUUUCAGGCAGAAUAUAAAUGUACAGAGUAGCGACUCUACCCCUUUAGGAAUUGAGGUCUCGCGCUGCCUUGUGUGCGUGAUGCAAGAUAUACCUUGAGAUUGUUCUACUAACUUCGUGUUCUAAGAUAUCAUCAUCAGCGGAGCGCGCCAGCUGUGUUGCCGUCUUGGCGCAGAAGUUUUCGCAUCCACCCAGUAAAGUGCAACGCGCGGUCGCCGUUGGCACCGCCGUCUUGCAAGACUUAGUACCUCCAGCGCUUCUGGCAGGAGCGGCUUACGCUCUCACUGCAUAUGCGGGAAACGCCCUUGUCGAGGCAAUGGACUCGGCCCAGCCCGAAUUGGCGGCUCUGGCAAAGGACGCGGCCGCAUUAUGGUACUCAUCGGCUUCGAGCACGGGGACGACGGCUGCCGUUGAGGGGGUACUAGUGUCUCAGCUAACCGUUUUACUUAGAAGCUUCUAGGCAAAGCCAUAGAAUGAGCGCUUGUUUUUCUCUGCUGUGCUUCUAUCUUUCUUCUACUGCUUCCCCUUCGCCAUAAUCACCGCAGGCAACGGGUCAGAUUCUGUUGGAGGGUCUGAAAUUGAUUCCUUUUGUUGGACCCUUUGUCGAGUCCGGAUUAAAAACCGCAGCUGGGAGUGCCACCGGGCAGUGGGUCGCGGAUACUGCGGGUUGGCUGCUAGCGCGUGCCCUGGGGCGUGAGAUCGCUGCUCAGAGCGGCAAGUCACUUGUCAUGGAAGCAUCAACAAGGUUGCUACAGUUUGCCAGAGCCACUUUGGUUCCGUUUUUGGCGAAGAGUGCGGCCUUUUGCGUCGGCGGACGCGCGCUAUUUGCACGGGGCUGCAACUGCUGCGCUCCCAGCGACCCUCGCGGCGCGUGCCCCUUAACUACUUGUGUGGGAGGUUGGUGCGGCCGUUCAUCUUCGAACUGUGGAGCGCUGCCAUCGGUGCGCCGGCAGGUGCGUCACAUGAUGCUGCUGCAACCGCCGGGACGCAUUGGCCAGUGUUGGACAGAGCAUGCUAGAAAACGCGAGCGUGACCGAUUGAAUCGAGCAGCACAGGAGAAAGUUCCGCGAUCCCGCGGCUGUACUAGUUUAGAACUGAACACAUCACCACUUGUCGCGAAGAUUGACGGAGACACGAUUACAACUUCAGAUUUGCCUUACGAUUCGGCCAGUUUGGUGCUUUCCUCACGCGACAGUGAACGAAACGCUUAUCGAGGAUCAUCUUCCCGUCACCAAGGCUCGCUCGUAAGGUUCGGCGGGGAUACGAGACCCCUCCUUCUAUCUACCAUCAGAGCUUCAGAAGACAGCCCGGAAGAGCUCGCGUCUUCCAGCGCAGAGGCAGAGGACGGAAUAAACCUCCAAUUUUUCCCAAGAGAGAAGAAACCGCGUGCAUUUGAAGAAACAUCUCCACGGGUUUCCCAACUGGCGAUCGAGGAUGCGCCAUGGGAACUGACGACCAAACGACCUCGGCUGCAGCGAGAGUACCCUUCUUCUGGUGCUGAAGAUAACGUACCUGUCGAUGAUGUUGAGUCGCGUAUGCAUAGCAGACACGAUGGAAGCGCAAGUUCUCGUUUUUCACGUGGUGGUGAGAAUGCCAUGGUUGGAAGUGGAAACUUACAUCUAAGCGAUUCAUGUGGUCAUUCUGACGCGCCCUUAACCGAGUCCUUUCGGUCGUUGACCAUAGAAGACGAGUCGGAGAACGAGCACGGGUUCUAUGAAAGGUCGAAGGACAACAUGUGUACUGAUUGCUGCACACUCUCGAUGGAAGAUAACAGUGCGGCGACGGACGCGUGUUCUUUGUCGGCCGACCAACAUGUGAGAAGCUUGGGUCUUCCAGUGGUAGAAGAAGAGAAUCUAGAUAAUUACAGCGGUAUAACUAGUGGCACAGGUACAACUAGUGACAUGUCCUCCUCCAUGGCUGCGGCACCAGAAGACGAAGGCGUCGCGGCCUUUGUUGACAUCCACGGCGAUACUGCCAAACGCGAGUUGGUGAUGGGUCAGGUUGUUCGCGUUGUUCUUCGGAAUGGGGAGUAUUUGGUCAACCCGCAGCCUGUGUGGCUAGUCCCUUCCUCCGCAUCUUCCUCGUCAGAACAAGAGAAAGAUCCGGUACUACUGUAUCCACUUUUAGUAGAAUAUUCUCAAUCUCCUGCAGCACAGACGGACGCAGAUUUAUUUGGUGUUUCUUCUAGUACUGGCGAAAUCGAAAAGACAAGCGAGAGCGACGACACGGUCUCUUCGACGGAGAAUGCGGACUCCGUAACAACGCCUGCUUUUUGCGUGGAUGAGGAUAUUGUUGAUGAGGCGAUAGAUUCUCGUCUGUCUUGUAGUGAAUCCACGCAGGACGAGUUCUUGAGUCUUCCUCGGCCAGUUAUUGCUCCGACAUCGAUCGGCGGUGGAGUAUACUUCGUCGUGGCGAGGGCGUCGGCACUGCGCGGGCUCCUGAGUGAACAAUGCUGGGACAGAACGACCUGUCUGGCAAUCCAGAAACACCUAGCGUACACGAUCCUAACAUACGAAGGCCGCCUUCCAUCAUCUGAGAUAGGUCUUGAUGAAUCAUCUGAGGUUGCAUGCGAAGCACCUGGCGAGGCGUCUAACGUGCUAUCUUCAUCUGAGGAGCCUGACGCACCAGAAUGACGCGGCUGCUGCCGUAUUUCGAGAAAUUCUAAAGCAUCGUGGUCAAAUCUUCUUGUUAGCACAUAAACAUAUUCAUAUUUCUAUUUCAUGAUUGAUGAAGAUCACCUUUUGGAAGAUGAGUGUAUUCUUUUUGCCAGUCGUAGAUUCAUUUCUGCUUCAAAAUCUUUAAGUAUCGCAAAAUCCAAACUCUUCCGUUACAGCUCGAUGUUCCGCUGUCUCUUUGAAAGACAGUACUAGGAUUGUCCCUCCUGAUUUCAACUAUAUUUAUAUAUAAUAUUGCAGUCUGCAGACCAUUAAACUUGAACUCCCUAUCAUGUCGAGCCUCGAACCGCUACACUGGUGGAAGAUGUGCCGCAUUCUCUUUUCUGUGUCCUGCGAAACUUAUAAAUAUUACUUGAGAAUAAGAUCUAGCAAAACACAUUCAUACAUUGUAUAAAUCUUCUUGCAAAUUAGUGUCGAUGGAGUUCUUGGAUAAAGGAGAAGCACAUUGGCCGAGGAAGGAAGCGCUAACUUGAUUCUACGACCAAUUUACUAAGAAACAUUCGAAUCAAGCUCCGUGUGGAUAGAGAUGUCAUGAAUUUCUUGAGAAUAAAUCACUUCGUUCCCUCCAUCGAGGGCGAUUGCGAGAAGCCUGAUGACAAAUGAAUCUCAUCAGUCAAUGAAAUGGAGACGACAGUAAAUCACAACUAGGAUCCUAAUUUGUUUGAUUCUUUUGAAAUUCUUUAGCUACGUAAUAACUCUAUGCCACCGAAAAAAGGCACAGGCUUCGACUGUGAAGAUGUUCGCAUUGAUGUUCUUGCGAUGUUAGCAACUAAGUAGAAAGAUUCUGACGUCUACAAUCUUAUCAUUUCUGUUGAUUGCUUGAAAGUGCACUGAGGGUGAUCUUCUUUGUGGAGAAACAUUGCUCUACUUUUAUGUGGCUGCAUGCCAUCCAUCGUCGUGAAU